AUUGAUGCGUGUACAGAAAAGUGUCAAGGGCGAACAACAACCUGGGAUUUGGCCAGCAUGCUGAUUAAACCUGUACAACGAGUUCUCAAGUACCCAUUGCUGAUUAACCAAAUCCAUGCACUGACGCCACCGGAUCAUGUGGAUUUUGAAAGCAUUGCAUCAUUGCAAAAGGAAAUGCUGCACAUUGCGGAAGAAAUUAAUGAUAUCAAAAAACGCAAGGAUAUUGUGGAAAAGAUUGUUGGACCAAAAAAGAAGAACGACUCCGAUGUAAGGACCAUUCGACAACUUCGACAAGCUGUUGGUGGAUCAGAUGUCACGGUUGAUAUUCUAUUUGAGGCUCUUUUAGAGAAAUUCAAUCUGCAGCAACGCCUUGCCCGCGACUUUGCUAAAUACAUUCUAGCAUGGCUAGUUUCCAUCAAACAAUACUUUGACACUCAGGAAGCUUAUGCGUUAACGCUUCGGGAAAUAUACAACAUGGUACCCAUCCAUCGAAAUAAUGAAAGCCAUUCGAUUAUCUUAGUCAGUGAAUUCCAUAGGAGUCUAUCGCAGUUCUCGAAAACCAUUGGACGAGAACUGGAAGCUAGGCUCAAAAAAACCGUUUACAAGGGUAUUGAAAAUUUCUUGAAGCUAUUUGCUGGCCCACUUCAGGUCAUGAAAAAGCGAGAGAAGAAACUACUGGAUUAUGACAAUGUCCGAGGCAUGAAAGAACGUGGAGACACUAUUGACAAAAACAUGCUUGAAUCGGCAGCAGCAUAUACGGCGAUUAACGAACAAUUGCUCGAUGAGCUGCCAAAGUUCCUGGGUCUGACGACGCAAUACUUUGAUCUGAUAGUCAUGGAGUUCAGCAAAGUACAAAUGUUCUUUUAUUCACAGGUCAAGGCCAAGAUUCUAGACUUUUAUGUCGCUCGUAUUGACCCAACAGCAUCGAGAGAUGUUGCAGGCUAUGUGGCUUCGAUGAAUAUUUGCGAAGAUUACAUUGCAGCCAUGACCCGGGAUGAUGGACCCCUAGCACGACUGGAAAGAGUAUCACUGAUUAGAAAUGUUUCUUCAUUGCAUGGUAAGGCUUUUUACUUGUUUUAUUUAGCAGCACCUUUUUAUGAAGAAAAAAAAACAUAA